CGCAGUUUUUCACUUGCGGACCAAAUCGUGGCUUGUCUUCGACGUUCUCAGAUCGCAUUCAACCGUCUUUACAUAGAAGGACUACGCCGUGUCUCUUCUUGCGAUCUCUGUCAUCGUUUCUGAACUAUGCCGCUUGAAUCGGCAAUCAUUUGCGUCGACAACUCGGAGUUCAGUCGCAAUGGAGACUUCUCACCAAAUCGCUUCACGGCGCAAAUAGAAUCUGUUAAUGUGCUCUGUUCAGCGAUCGUGAAUUCAAAUGCUGAGAGCUCUGUUGGUCUCAUGACGCUAGCGGGCCGUAGCGCCACGAUUUUGGUCACAUCAACUCGAGAUCCAGGCCGCGUCUUCACGUGCCUCCACGAUGUCAACUUCGAUGGGUUAGCCGACUUUGUUGCCGGCAUUCAGAAAGCGCAAUUGGCUCUCAAACACCGACAAAAUACGCAUCAGCGCCAGCGAAUAGUUGCUUUCGUGAGCAGCCCCAUUAUGGUCGAGACGGAGGUCCUGGUCAAGCUGGGCAAGAAUCUGAAGAAGAACAGCGUAUCAGUGGAUGUUGUCAAUGUUGGCUUGGAAGGUGAAAACCAGGCAAAGGUUGAUGCUUUCAUCAACGCCGUUAAUUCUAAUGAUUCCUCCCGGGUCCUUCAUGUCGCUCCAGGCCAGAACCUGACUGAUGCUUUAAUGCAGUCUGACAUUUACAGGGAGCGAGAUGGCAACGCGGGUGGAGGCGAUUCGGGGGUGGGUGGUGCGAAUCUAGAAGAUGACCCUGAGCUUGCGUUGGCACUUCGUUUGUCUAUGGAGGAAGCGAUGCAAGCGGCGGGGAGGGACUUGAAUGCAAAUAAUAACGCUCCUGGAGAAGGGGGAGAAUCGGGGGACCAGCCGGCGCCCAGUGGUGACUCUGCCGCUUCUGGGGCAGUAGCGGGGACGAACUAUGAUGACAACGACGACGAUCUUUAUGGCACCGGGACAGGCGGUGAGCGCAUGGAUGUCGACGAUGAUGACGAGGACGCAGAAAUUUUGCGAAGAGCGAUUGAGAUGUCCAAGGCUGAUAAUGGGCAGGCAGCACCGCGAGAAGAAGAGAAGAAAGAGUAAAGUCUAGUCUGAAAAGCCACUUGAAGGUUCAGCUAUGGAAGCGGAGAGGUGUACAAAAAGUAAACCAAAUUUCUGUCUGUA